UUUGUUAUUCAGUUUUGUAUACAAAAAUAAUCUGUAUGGACGAUUUUUCAGUCACAAAAAAGUAUACAUCUUCAGAAUAAACACCUUGACAAUUCCGACCCAAAGUGUUAUAUUUUGAGCUUUGUAUGUGUUUGUGGACCCACGCACUGCGGCUGCUGUUGUUUAUAUGAAGAUUAGUGUGUGCCCUUUGUAUCAGAGAUUCAGAGCACGUUUUCUAUGUUAUUGGCUGCUUACCAAAUAAAUGAACACAUUGACUCGUACAGCCUCCCCGAUCUAUGCUGCUAGUUUUGUUUUUGGAAACUAAUGUAAUACUUUUUGUGCUUUUAGAUUUAGAAAUUUGCUUUUAGGAUUGUAGAAAUCGGCCUAUAAUUUUGUCACUAAGAGUAUUAGUUUAAGAUUAUUAUUUUUUUAUUCUAUAACUGUUUUUAGUCCGUUCUUCUUAACUAUUUGUAUCUGUAUUUUUUUUUUUUUUUUUUUUUUUAAUGAACUUAUGGUCGUUUAACUGUUUACGUACGCCAGCUGGGAAGACACCUGCGCAACACAACCAUUUUGUGAACGACGGUCUAAAAGGCUUCAAAGUUCAAACAUUGCACUUUGAAGACCAGGGGACCAUCGGACCUUGUCACUUGAUACCGGAGGUUUCUCCACAAGGAGCUAAGCAAUGUCCCUGGAGAGUGUUCAUGUCCACCCAAUCGUAGAGACCAUGAUCAACCUGACUGCGGGAGCUAUAGGUGGCGUGGCCUGUGUGCUGAGUGGCCACCCCUUCGACACGGUGAAAGUGAAGAUGCAGACCUUUCCCGGCAUGUACAGGGGCUUCGUGGAUUGCUCUGUGAGGACCUACAGGCAGGACGGGCUCCACGGGCUCUACCAGGGCACAAUGCCAGCACUGGUGGCCAACGUGGCCGAGAACGCCGUCCUGUUCGCGUGCUAUGGGUUCUGCCAGCAGCUGACCAGGACACUGUAUGGACUGGAGAGAGUGUCGGACCUCAGUGACCUGCAGAAUGCAACCGCGGGUUCAUUUGCAUCUGUGUUCUCCUCCCUGGUCUUGUGCCCCACUGAACUGGUGAAGUGUCGAAUGCAGGCCCUGCAUGAAAUGAAAGUCACGGGUAAAACCUCCCUGCAUCGUCAGGUCUCCACGUGGUCUAUCAUGAGGAGCGUCAUGCAGACAGAGGGGCCCCAGGGCUUCUUCCAGGGCCUGACCAGCACCUGGCUCCGGGAGGUCCCUGGAUACUUCUUCUUCUUCGGGGGCUACGAGAUCAGCAGGACCUGCUUCACGAAAACAGGGCAGGCGAAGGGUGAACUGGGGGUGGGCCCACUGGUUGUGAGUGGAGGGAUUGGAGGAGCCUGCUUCUGGCUGGCAGUUUACCCAGUAGACUCAGUCAAGUCCCGAAUCCAAGUUCUGUCAAUGGCUGGGAGACAGGCUGGGUUCCUGUCGUCUUUUAUCAACAUCAUUAAAACUGAAGGUUUCCUAGCUUUGUAUUGCGGACUGACGCCGACAGUUAUUCGAGCGUUCCCCUCCAAUGGCGCUCUCUUCCUGGCUUAUGAAUUAACCAGAAGAGCCCUCACUAACCAGGCUAGCAACCACUGACCCUGCGUCUUUCACAUGGGCUUUUAAACAAAAUGAUCAAACAAAUAUAAUAUAGAAGUGUUUUUUAUAAGCAUUGAAAAGAUUACAUUAACUGUGUAGUCAAAUAUGAGGACUAGCUCCUCACCCCCUCUAUAAAAGGACAAGAGGUGUUAAAAAUGCUUUUUUAACUGUUGUAGAAUGUUCUGUAGAACGUAUUUAAUAAAAUUAAAAACGAUUGGAGACACCUGCCACAACACUGUCAGCAGUGUAGGGACUGGAUAAUCCUGAUCUGUCGUGACAGGCUUAUAUCACAAGUGUUUCUAAUAUAUUGUCCACACCUUGUCAAAUGUAGAUAUUUUCAUGUAUGUGUGUGUUAAUGUGGAACAUGUAACUGUAAGUGUUAUUACCAGUAUGUAUUUGAGUCACGCUGUGGUUCAGUGUAUGUUUACACAUAGGGUAUGCAGCUCCAGUGUACCGGGCAUAUCUUAAAUCUGAACAGAGCUCACAUCUCUCACGUCUUAUCUAAGGUGCUCUCAGUGGAAGUGCCUUCUUUUGAGAUUCCAUUUAUAAUUCAAAAUACACAAAAAUAACAGGGGCUUCCCUAGUCAGGAUAAUGCAGGAAAAACACGUAGCAGAAAACCUUAAAUCAGGAGAUUCCAAAGAAGAAGAGGUGUUCCCUGUCAUGCAUGUGUGCAGUCUUGACAUGGAGGCGUUUGUUCAGAGAGCAGACACGGGCAUUUGGGUUGAUUAGGAAUGGAAUACCUCUUUAACCCUUUCAGUCCUGAAUUCUUUUUGUCGGCAUUAAGUUAUGUAAUUAAAAAAAUAACUCCUUUAUUGAGUAUACAUGAGAACAGGAGAAUUAAAAAAAAAGUAUUACAUAUAUUUCUACACUACCUUAGACUGGAGCCUAGGAGGUUCAAACAUGAUUUCAGACGACACAAGAGCAGGACCAAGACUGAAACAGUUUGUGUUACACAGAACUCCAGAAUUGAGGUCAUGCAGCACUUAGAUACGAGGUCUGAGUGUAGUUUAGUGAUUUUAACCAGUAUUUUCUCUUUUUUUGUGUGUGUGUACACGACAUGGCGAAAUAAAAUGCAUGAACUGUAAAACAA